AUGGCAUCAAUGCAGCAUCAUCCUCACCACGCGCCGCAAGGUCAAGGUCCUCCACCUUCGCACCAUCUUCAACAGCAACCGCGACCUUCGAGUAUUGUGCAUCAGCACCACCAACAAGCUCCUCCACCACCACAACAUCCUAACGCGUAUCCUUCCGGACACGCUUUACCUCAAUAUCCACAAACUGCGACAGGGCCCGGUGGUCAACAUCAAGAACUUCCAUAUUACCCAACUCACGCAAGUCCUUACAGUACCCCAAGCGCAUCGGGUACAUAUUCAUCAGCAGGUCCAGAAACUCCAGACAUCAUGGCCACUCAACAUAUGACUCGAGCUCCAUAUCCGCCAAUUUACCAAACCCCUCAAUCCAACUCUCCAGCAUCUGUUGCAUCACCUGCACAUGAGAACAGAAUGUAUGCGUCAUCUUCACAAAUGCAGCAAAGCCAGCAAAUGUAUUACCCGGGGCCACCUCAGCAGCAGUACCCUCCUCCUAUGGCUCCUGGGGGACCUUCUCCGUAUGCGCAACCGCCACCACCCCCGCAGCAACAACAGCAUCAUCAUCAGCAAUCCAUGACUUCACAGCCAACAUUGCUCAUGUCACACCAGACAAAUCAGCACCAGAUGCAACCACACCCUAAUCAGCAUCAACAGCCUGGUAUGACUGGAAGUCCACGAACGAAAAUGGAACCACACGUUCCACAAAUUGCUAGACCCAAUCCACCUUUAGGGGCUCAGCAUUCUGCGAACGGUACACCUCAAAUGCAGCCUAAUAAUCCGCCCGGAAGUGGCGGCAGCGGUGUCAAUCCCAAUGCCGCACCGGGUCCAAUUCCAGCAACUACCCCACUCGUUGUGCGACAAGAUAAUAACGGAGUUCAAUGGAUUGCAUUCGAAUAUUCACGCGAUCGUGUUAAGAUGGAAUAUACAAUCAGAUGUGAUGUCGAGUCUAUAAACGUUGAAAACCUAGGCCCGGAAUUUAAAACGGAGAAUUGUGUUUACCCGAGGGCGUGCUGCAGCAAGGAUCAAUACAGGGGAAAUCGAUUGGUAUACGAAACGGAGUGCAACACUGUCGGGUGGGCCUUGGCAGAAUUGAAUCCUUGCCUACGUGGCAAACGUGGAUUAAUACAAAGAGCGGUCGAUAGUUGGAGAAACAGUAACCAAGAUCCAAGAUUGAGAAGUCGUCGAGUUCGAAGAAUGGCUAAAAUCAACAACCGUAAAGCGGUUCAAGCGGCUACAAGUCAUAACCCUCACAUGACUGGUCCAAGUCCUACAGGGAUGCCACCUUCUGCAAACAUGGGCCCUGGCGGUGCGGGAAGCAUGGGCAAACCUAACCUCAGCGGUAUGGGUGGUCCCCAGCUUCAUCACCACCACGCCCAUCCUGAUGGAAGUAACCAAGGAGGAGAAGAAGUCGGUGACGACGAAUAUAUGGAUGAGAAUACUCACCAUCACCAUCAAGCUCCAGUUGGGCAAUCUGCCAAUUCGGGAGACGAUGUACGACAAAACCAAGCCUUCCCAGGUUUCAACAAUAACUACCCUUCGAGUUCAGUAGGCGGAGCUUCCAUGAUUCCUGGUGCUCACGAUGCACGUCCUUUACCCCGCGGGUCCCACCCAAUUGCCGCACAAUCAAAAGAUGAGGAGGAUGGCGUCGAUGUUUUCGGUAAUGUUCCAGAAGCAAAGAAGCGCAAGUUCAUCCUGGUUGAGGAUCCUGUUAAGCAAAGUCGUGUUCGUGUCCGCGUUACUUUGGAUACGGUCGAUAUCAAUGAAAUUCCAGAUUCAUACCGAAAGAUUAACUCUGUCUACUCACGAUCUUGGUUUCCUCUGCAAAUGCAAUCGCCCCCUCCAUUGGCAAACGGCAGCGACUUCUUUCAAGAUGACGAUAGCGAUGAUGAAGUUGAAGGCCGAGGUCGUUCUCGACGUGGCAGAAAAAUGUUUCCUGUCCAUUUGCCAAAUGGUGAUGAGGCCGAAAUCCCUAUUCCAAGAAUGCGCAAGUCUCAGAGAGCAUUGGAAGUCAAGCUUAAUGAUUUGGGUUACAGGAUGACUUGGCAUCAAAGCAGAACCUUUGCAAACAAGUCGGUUUUCUUACAAAAAGCUCUUGAUGCAUGGCGCAACAAAGUCAAAGAAAACAUUGGUAAUGCAGGGAGAGAUGUCACUUCAAUUCCUCAUUUCGAUACGCGUUCCGGCAAGAGACGCUGGUUAGAGAGUACCAAAAAGCGCGAGCAACAAGACACCGACCCUUAG